CUCCCCCACUCUUCUCCCUCUACUUGACCCAGAUGGCGACCACGACGACUGCUGCUGCACCAACAGGCGUUGCAACUCCGCGGAUCAACGGCGCUUCGCUCUCGGCCUUUGUGGGCUCGCUUGUCCGUGUUGUCGGCGAGGUUGUCGACAAGACGGGUGCUGUUUCGCUUCGGACGUGUGACGGCCAUACGGUGACCGUCCAGUCGCAGGACCCGAUGCUGUACUCGACCAAGUUUGUGGAGGUCAUCGGGCAUGUCUCGCCCGAGCUCUCCAUCCGCGAGGCCAAGGUCAUUCCGUUUGGCGACAGCUUCAACCUCGAGCUGUACAGCAAGGUGGUCGGCCACACCCUCAAGCACCGCGCGGUCUUUGGCUAGUCAUCUCCGCCUCUCGACAGCCUCUCGCCCUUCAUGCCAUGUCCGAGCAUGAUCUGCGGCGGCGGCCUCGUCUGUUGCCGCCCGUUGUCGUCUGCUCCUGACUUUGUCACUGUUGUCGCGCCGCUGUUCCGCCGCUGCCCCCUCGCGUCCACUACCGCGCCACCACCACUACCCAGACACCUUCGACAUCGAUCCUCAAGUCAUCCCCCCCC